UAUAGAAAAGGCUAUAAUCUAAUUAUAUUUAAGAAUCGGGUUGUGAACAUCAUAAUACGUGUAUGGGAGCCCAAACAAAUCAUAUUUUACACUAACAACAUUAUUUAUUGUAUCUAUGGCUCCUGACGGGACUCGGAAAAAUCAGACUCUUUUAAGUGAAUCGUUUUGAUUCAGCCACUGUGCAUCAUCCUUGUGUGGUGUAGGCGGAGAGUUCAAAUGCUUUCGAUGAAUCCAGUCUGGCUCUAUAUAGGCGGGAUUUAGAGAAUAAGGUGAGUCAGGAUCGCAGAACCCCCGGAGGAUAAUCUACCAACCCUGCCAGGUUCAGUCGCGUGGACGAAUGUUUUAAGUAAGGUAAAGGAAGCCAGGCUCAGACUGAGACAUGGGUGAGACAGCUGGAAGGGAACAUGGGAUUGUUACAAGAUCUGCGGAGUAUAUUGGCUCAUUUCCUGUGGAUGACAGUUGUUUGGAUGAUCAGAUUCAGCAGCUGCACACUCAGCUGAAAUCUUUCAAGACGCUCCUCAUGGCUCACGCCAUGUGUCGAGUCUCGCUGUCCACCGCCCGUCCGUCUGAUGCCCAGUUUGCCUUUGUCUCCCAUAAUCCUGGAAAUUCUGAUGCCAAGCUCUAUUGCCACCUCUUCAGAGCCAGACAUGCCCGAGCUGCCAAGUUCCUGAACCUGCUGCUUUGUCGCUGUUUUCAACUCUAUUUUCUGGAGAAGCACCCAGAGGAAGCACAGGAUGAGUGUUCAGGGAAGAAACCAACUCGAAAUCCAUCGUUGCUUAAUCAAGGUGUCCCUCUCAGUGUCAGUGCCUUGGUGUCUUUCCGCAGGGCCCCAACUCAAGGCCUGCUACCAGGGGCAAAGGUGUCCUCACAGCCGAGCACAGAGCAAGUCAGCAGUCCUGAAGAGGGCCUCACUUCUUCUCCGACUAUAGUUCGUAAAAAGGCGAUUCGAACGAAAGAGCUGCGUUCUGGAGCAUAUCGCUCUUUUACAUUUACUCCUCUCAAACAGCGGCACCUGCAGGAUAAACUGAGUGCACCACAAGAAAAGGAACAAGCCAGUGCAAAAGCAUGCAAGUCUCGCGCUCCCAGUUUAGCCGAGACCGAAGAAGCUCUGGCUCAAGCAGUGUGGUGCUGGGCUGGCGUGUCUAGUGACUGUAGUUCUUCAUUGCUGGCAGAUGAUGUCUUGGGUGCCUUCCUGCUAUGUCCUCAUCCCAAAAAGCCCAACCGUGGGUCUCUUAUAGUCCGCUUUCCCUCAGGACUGGUAACUCAUGCUAUUAAGAAUUCCAAGGGGAAGUUCCGGCUUGAGAAAUGCCACAUUGACUUUGAAAGCCUUGCUGCUUUGAUUGAGCACUACACAGAGUUCAGUGAGGAGCUGGAAUGUUUUUUGAGCUGCGCCCGCGUCAACCACUGCUACGAUUGGGAAGAGAUUGUGAAUAAGAGUUCACGGUCGCUGCAGGACAACAAGAAAGGCACAUUCAAAAACCAAAGUUGGGUUUGAAUCCUCGCUUUCAUGCACUUUUUUUUUUUUAAAUACAAUUGUUUUUAAAAAACAUUUUAUACUAUAUAUUUUAAAUUUUACAGAGCUGCUGACAUUAGUAAACCUUCCUAACAAGGAACUUAAGUCACUGGCACACUUUGUUUAUAUUUUAAAAGGACAGUUCUGUUUUGCCGGUUGGCAAUAACCUCAACCCACCUAAAGCACUCACAUUGUUGGUGUUUUGGUUUGAAUUUCUUUUCUAGGGAAAGCGGGACUUACGUUUUUCAUGUAAAUGUCAGAUGUAAAUGUAUAGCUACUCAACAACUUUUGCAAAGGUGCAGACUAUAUAUAUACGUUUUAUGUCUCUUAAUUUUUUGUGUUAUAUGUGUUUAUAUUGAUUUUGGACAUUUUUUUCCACUCACUUUAUAAGAGAGCUUUUCAGCGAUAACCUGAACAUGUCCAGUGAAUAGGUUUUUUUUUUUUUUUUCUUUGCCUGGGUUUGCUUCCUUAAUGGUUUGGAACUCUUGCACUUUUCACCUCAUAAAUGCACACAUUUCUGUCAUUAGCUUUGCACCAGUGUAAAUUAAGUGACUUGCCUCAUUGCAUAAACUGAUUAUAAAAGCAAUUUGGCUUCUUUUUCCUUU